CUCCAGUCAAAAGAGCAGAGGAAGGUAAAUAACUUUGUAACGAAAGUGCUGCUAGCUGAGGAGCAGGCCAGGCUCAGCGGUGUAUUGUGGGAGAGACAGAAGCUACAAGACUGGAGGCACACAAUAUGUGUUGGCUCUCGCCUAAAAGGAGGCAGUAUUCUUCAAGCUAAAUCAUGUAAUGUAAGCGGCGAAAGGAGGACGAUUUUGUUUUCUCAUCAAUAAAAAAACGUUCGAGCGGACAAAUCAUGUCCAAGCCGGGGGAGAGAAACAGAUUGAACGAAGACCAUGGCAGAAAGCAGAGUUCAAGUUUGGCGAACGGCAUGGAUAGUCAUCCCGUCUGCAGUUCGGGGGAGAAACGAAGUCACCAUUGGAGAAGUUACAAGUUGAUUAUUGACCCAGCACUGAGAAGGGGAUCGCACAAACUGUAUCGCUACGAUGGACAGACUUACAGCAUGCCCAACCCUGGGAUGCCACCGGUGGACACCGUCCGGGACCCGAGAAUCGGCCGUCUCUGGACUAAAUAUAAAGAGACGGACCUGCCUGUGCCGAAAUUUAAGAUCGAUGAGUGUUACAUCGGCCGUGUGCCUCCAAAGGAGGUGACGUUCGCGAGGUUGAACGACAACAUCAGAGAAGGCUUUCUGACAGACAUGUGCAAAAAAUUUGGAGACAUCGAAGAAGUGGAGAUUCUGUACAAUCCGAAAAACAAGAAGCACUUGGGAAUUGCCAAAGUUGUUUUUGAGAGCGUGAAAUCCGCUAAGCUGGCUGUGCAGACGCUGCACAACACAUCUGUCAUGGGAAACAUUAUCCACGUGGAGCUCGACCCUAAAGGUGAAAAUCGCCUUAGGUAUUUCCAGCUCCUUAUGAAUGGCAGCUACACUCCCUGGACUCUGCCUGUAGGUGGAGAGGAGGCCAGAGAAGUUUCCCCUCGCAUCCUGGCAGAAGCCCUACUGGCCUGUGAGCCCAUCCGCAGGUUGUCUGAGAGCAGUGUGUCUGCUGUGGGAGGCACAGCGCCGCCCAGCAGCACCACCACCCCACAGUCCCUGGACACGGCCUACUCCAGCCUAAGGCAGGACACACCCCAGUCCCAGGGAACCCCUCACACCCCACGCCAGACAGGCACCCCCUUCUCUCAAGACUCCAACUACUCCAGCAGGCAGUCUACACCUGCCUACCAGUCUGGCCGGUCUGAAAGCUCUGGGGUCUAUAAGUCUCGCAGACAUGAGAGCAAGUUCCAGGACGCCUAUAAUCGCAGACCAGAGCGGCCUCAGUACCGCAGCACCAUGUAUCGAAAUACAAGCUCUGAGCAAGCUCCCUUUAAACAGCACCAACUCACCCCACCUGAGCCUCCACCCUCCGCCUCCUCCUUUACUUACACAGCACCUCCCCCUGCCACAGCCAGCUUAAAGUCGGCCUUCUCCGCUUACCAGGCCCCCAUGCCCCCUGCGUUUCCCCCCUCAGAGCCAGCCUUCCAUCACCCUGCCCAGAGGGAGGACGAGUACCUCAGGCCACCUCAGCCACCUCUGGCCGCUGCCACUGACUUCUUGCCUGUCAAGGACAGGCCGGAAACUCCACCAAUCCCAGAGCCUCCUCCAGAGCCUUUGCCCCAUCCAACGACCCCUCCUCCUCAAACGCCGGAGCACUGCCCAUCACCUGGCUCACCCACACUGGAUUCAGAGCGAAAUAGCCUGGAUUCCCGUAUUGAAAUGCUCCUUAAGGAGAAAAGGACAAAACUGCUGCCCUUCUUGGCGGAGCGUGACUCGGACACUGAGGUGCGAAUGGAGGGAAGCCCAAUAUCCUCCUCAUCCUCUCAGUUAUCCCCAAUUCCUCCUUUCACCUGCGGCUCUCACGGUGGCCAGCAAAAUUCCCGUCCCUCCAGCACAGGCCUGGAGGACAUCAGUCCAACACCACUGCCAGACUCGGAUGAUGAAGAACCGAUUCCUGGAACAGCCUCCCUUCUCAAGAAAGUCAGCUCUCCUGUCCAUGAGAAGAUGAACAUCAGUGACCUCAAAGAUGGUCACUUUAGAAGCCACACUCCCACUGAUAAAAUAGAUAUGGGGCAUCAGUCAUCUGGAGAAGACAUGGAAAUCUCUGAUGAUGAGAUGCCUGGAACCCCGAUCACUAGUGGAGAUUGUGCCAAGGGCAUUGUUGUAAACUCUGCAGUGUCCCCAAUGCCUCAGACCAUUCCCAUCCCUCCUCCAGGCUUCCCUCCUCUGCCCCCGCAGCCUGGCUUCCCCAUCCCACCUCCCCACCUCCCUCCUCACUCUGCCGUCACAGGCCCCCCUCAUCACCUGGCUGGCCCUCCUGGAGUCCCUCCACAUAUGAUGCCACCUUUGAGUCCUUAUCCUGGCAUGAUGCCACUGGUGCAGAUGGACCUGAUGAACUGCCUACCUCAGUGGGGUAGUGUUCACAUGUCCUUCCAGAUGCAGACACAGAUGCUGAGUCGUAUGGCACAGACCAGAGGACCCUAUCCGUACCACCAUUUUAUGGGCGGUGGUACGUCUGUGCCAUUUGGGGGACCCUAUGCUCCUCUUUCCAUGAGUGCUACGCCAGCUGGCAGUGCGGGGGGACCCGGACAACCGUGGCCCCAUCCCAGCAUGCCAAAGUUCAACCCCGCUGUUCCUCCCCCUGGAUACGAGGCUAAAAAAGAGGACCCCCAUAAGGCCACAGUGGACGGAGUGCUCAUGGUCAUAGUCAAAGAGCUUAAGGCCAUCAUGAAGAGGGACCUCAACCGAAAAAUGGUGGAAGUGGUAGCUUUUAGGGCAUUUGAUGACUGGUGGGACAAGAAGGAACGCUCAGCGAAGGCGUCCUUGACUCCAGUGAAGGGUGCCGAGGGAAAAGAAGAGGAAAAACCCAAACCCAAAGAAACCAUGGGCUCAAGUCUGCUAGAGAACUGGAACAAGGGUGAGGGACUGGGCUACGAAGGCAUGGGUCUGGGUUUGCGAGGUGCCAUCCGCCUGCCCUCCUUCAAGGUGAAAAGGAAGGAUCCUCCUGAAGCUGCAGCUACAGGGGACAACAAGCGGGCCCGGCCAUCCACUCCUGUAGACGAUGAGCUGGAAGAUGAAGAGCGUGAUCGAGAUCCAACUGAGCUACCCUUGGAUGAUUCCAAAAUUGAUGGUGACAGCACAUCGGCAAAGCGAAGACACUCGCGGCCCCUUGAACUGGACAGUGAGGGGGAGGAGGAUGUUGAGACUUCUGAAAAGGAGGAGUCACUGUCUGACAGGGAGGAGGAGCCUGAUGAAACUGAGGCCAUGGACAGGCUGUCUUCAAGCAAAGAGAGUGGAGAUGAGGAUGAGGAUGAAGAGGCAGACUCAUCCAGUCAGAGUGACAGUGAUUCAUCUGAUACGUCUGAGGUAAUGUCAGAAGCUGAGAGUUCAACAUCGUCCAAGGUAGGCUCCGACUCCUCAGGAGAGAGUGAAGACUCCUCUGACUAUGAGUCAAGCUCAGAGGAAGAAGAGGAGGAGGAGCAGGAUAUGGCCAUAGAGGUGGAGGUUGAAGGCAAAGAGGACGAGGUUCAGACCUCUUCAUCUUCGUCAUCCUCUUCAUCUUCAUCAGAAGAUGAAGACAGGGUAGAGAUGGAGAUGAAGGCACCCAGCACCCCUGCAGGUCCUGCCCCAGAGGAUGGUGAGGAGCAGACACCAAGGGAGCAGCUGAGCGGCCAGCCCAAACUCAGAUCUCCGAGCUCUGGGGAUGAGGGAGCUGACACGGGGCAGAGCAGCACAGAGGACCUGAAACCACCGUCGCCUAAAGGAGUCCUGGUGGAAGAGCCAGACAUCCCUGUAGAUGGUAGCACUUCUUUAGUAAAGUCUGGGCCUCAGGAGCAUGUUCCCUGCCUCCGGCCGCCCACCCCCACAGGCUCCCUGUCUGAGAAUGACCAGGACAUACAAGCAAAGAAUGAAGUUGUGCAUGAGGAAGUCCCCUGCACCCCUGCUCUGGCUUCAUCCCACCUGGAUCCAGAAACCCCUGUUUCCAAAUCCCUCUCUCCAUCUUACAUGCAAAUUCCUCUCCCCCCUCACCCAACUAUGGAGGGUCGCUCCCUUCUUCCCCCCCCUGGUCCUCUGCCCGACCUCCCCCAGCGGGCCAGACUACCCACAGAUGAGGACAUCCCCCGCACCCCUGGUAGAGACCUGAUGGACCGAGCCCGGGGUCUGGGCAAGUCGCAGAGCACAGAUAUGGUCCCCAUCACACCUGGAAGUGAUGCCCCGCUAACAUGCAGCAGCCUGUUGCUUAGCUCCCCUCACAUCCCUGGUAGCCCCUUCUCCUACCCUGCCCAGUCUCCAGUACUAAGUGCAGGUGUUCCCCGCACCCCCGGCAAAGAUCUGACGUUCACCCCUGUCUUCCCAGACCCCACAGCCCUGACUGUUCACAGGAAGUCAUCCCCUGAGUGCCUGGAUGAUAGGCCAGUUUUUAAGGAGCCGCCCAUCAGCACUCUACCCAGCCAGGCCGCAUCAGCUGAGGCACAGGACUCAUCCUGCCUCCCCGAAGAUCUCCCCACUGUCCUGUCCAUAGAUGGCUCUGUGCUACCCGACUCUGCCCCACCUAAGAGGAAGCCUGGUCGGCCCAAGGGCAAAAAGACCCUUGCUGUCCCCCCACCUCCUGAGUGUGCGGAGCUUUCAUCCACCCCAACGGCUCUUCCUCAUGAUCCCCAUGUCAGAGAUGUUACAGAAGAAGCUAUGUCUGCCAUGUCCCCAGACGUCUCCAUCCACCCCAGCUUGGACUUCAGGGAAGGAGAAGUGGAGCCUCAGACCGUCCUGCCUGCAGAAGACGGCUUCCUGCCCUACGACAAAGCAGCGCCUGUGGCUGGUAAGCCUGUUCGGAGGCAACGCCGAUGUUGGGAGGAGAUCCUUCUGGGCAGCUUGUCCCCUGUCACCACACCUCCCUGGCCCACUUUCAGCCGGCGCUCCGAUUUUGAAGAGAUGACCAUCCUGUAUGACAUCUGGAAUGAGGGCAUAGAUGAAGAGGACAUCCGCCUUCUGCAGAUCACGUAUGACAAGAUGCUCCAGCAGGAUAAUGGGAAUGACUGGCUCAACGACACACUGUGGGUCAACCACCCUCCUACCAACAUCCCGGGAGUGAAGCGAAAGAGGAGAGAUGAUGGAAUGAGGGAUCAUAUGACCGGCUGUGCACGUAGCGAGGGAUACUACAAGAUCGAUAAGAAGGACAAGAUCAAGUAUCUUCAGAGCACACGGCUGCAGUCAGAGGAGCCACCGGUGGACACACAGGGUAUGAGUAUCCCUGCACAAGUUCAUGCCUCCACCAGAGCCGGCUCUGAGCGCCGGUCAGAACAGCGCCGCCUGCUGUCCUCUUUCGCUUGUGACAGUGACCUACUCAAGUUCAACCAGCUGAAGUUCCGUAAGAAGAAGAUUCGAUUCUGCAAGUCGCACAUCCAUGAUUGGGGUCUGUUUGCCAUGGAGCCCAUUGCUGCUGAUGAAAUGGUAAUCGAGUAUGUGGGGCAGAACAUCAGACAGGUGAUCGCGGACAUGCGUGAAAAGCGUUACGAGGAGGAGGGCAUUGGCAGCAGCUACAUGUUCCGUGUCGACCACGACACCAUCAUCGAUGCCACCAAGUGUGGUAACUUUGCCCGCUUCAUCAACCAUAGCUGCAAUCCCAACUGCUAUGCGAAGGUCAUUACGGUGGAGUCUCAAAAGAAGAUUGUGAUCUACUCCAGACAGCCCAUCAACGUCAAUGAGGAGAUCACGUACGACUACAAGUUCCCCAUCGAGGACGAGAAGAUCCCCUGUUUGUGUGGGGCAGAAAACUGUAGGGGAACGCUAAACUAACGCUGGCGUCCACUCAAGGAGAACAUCUUCCAGGAUUUAAGAGUGCUGUCCCCAGACCACAUUUUACAUUUCCCAGAAAUGCACACAGACUCCACGCCAAAAACCCACAAGAGAAGGAACUCUCCAGGAAACUUUUUUUUUUUUUUUUUUUUUUUUUUUCGGUUUUCUGGAACUGAAUAGGAUUUUUCUGGGGGUAAAAACCUGGCAAGUCACCUGGAUACAGCUACCUGUAAAGGGACACUUCUCUUUCUCACACACACACACACACACACACACACACACACACAUUCAAAGUUGUUUACGAUUUCUGGUGCUCUUGAAAAGAAAAAACUACUUUUUAUGUCUGCCAGUGACCCAGAAUUUACAAAACACUGACUUGCUGGUGCAGCACUUCCUUUCUUCCUGUCAAGUGGUAACUCAGCAUGGUUCCCUCCAUAGCUCGUCCUGGUUUGUACAGUUUGAACUACUCUCAUUUUUCUCAUAAGCUUCAUGUACACCUCAUGUGGUACGAAACCCCUGACACACACUCACAUGUUCAGCUUCUUAAUACUGUUGACACGCACAAGUUCACUAUAACAAAAAAAAAAAAAAAGGCCUCUCUGUGGGAGAGGACGUGUGUACCCCCCAAGCAGAUGGCAAACUACACUAUUCUCAUCCAGCAGCAGUGACAGGAGACAAAGUGGACUGAAACUGCUCCUUGUUGCCCCCCCACCCCCCCACCCGCACCAAAAACUGAUUUAAAUUGAAACAACAAAAUGGUUAAUCCUGCCACAGAUUUAAAUAUUGGGAUAUCAUACCUGCUUUCACCAGCCAAUAAUGUGGAUCAUGCUGCUUCCUAUUAGUUUAUGCAAGGUUCAAGUUUCUAGUUGUGCAAAAUGGUAUUAAUGGAAUUUCCAGUGUUUUCCAUUUUUGUUUAGAUUUUUCUUGUUUUGUUUCUUCAAAGACACUAUGUGUGUAUGAAUGAUUGAGAAUGUCUUUGUCCUUGUCUGGCUCGUGAGUGAGAGUAUUUAUCAGUAUACCUUGGUUUAUGCGGAUGUGAGUGUGGCGCCCCCUGUGGGCCUCAGUGGUGAAGGCUGACCAGUCACCCACAACUCCCAAAAGUGAGUUUCAAGUCGAUUCCUGUCUGCAUCCACUGGACACUGUCUGCAAAUGUUCAUUACAUGACAAAGUUGUCACUUUUGGAAAAAAUUCUGAGGGCCAAGAUAGUCGGCAGAAAAAAAAAAUACAUUGUAUUAUUUUAAAGUGCCAUAUGAAUGUGUAAACCUUGUCAGCUCACCUGAAUGGAUAAAACCGAUUUUUUCAUGGAGCUGUCAUUUGCAGCUGCGUUAACGUGCAUGCACAAAGAAUUGCUGCCUAUUUUCACCAAAAUGGGUGUUAAUGUUUUGGUUUCCUUCACCUGUAGUGUGUUGAAGUAGGACUCUUAACUCUGCCAGUGUUGAUUCUACCUAUGAGAGACAAGUGUUUCUACCGCUCAUCAGACCUCCUGUCAGUAGUUCCCGCCCUCAUCUGUGUGAAAUAUAGAUUGUGUUUCUUUGACUAAAUCCAUGAAGAAGAAAACUCUUUCCUGUCUGUGAAUGCACUAGAGGCUUGCACUUCUGCUCUAUGCCCUCUCUAGCCAAUCAGUUUUCUUAAGACCAAGUCACUCAUCACUUGUCAUUCAGUUGGAUUAAUUAUGGAGAAUUUUUUCACCACUGAUGUUUAUAUUGUACAUCAUUACUUAAAGAAGAUCUAAAGCUUUUUUUUUUUUUUUUUUUUUUUUAAUCACAGGGGUAAUAACUUUUGAGAUGCAUCUCCUCUUUUUUUUUUAACAAAAGACUGAGUAUUUAAAAAAAAAUCAGGGAUCUGUAAAAGGAAUCUGAGGGUUGAAGGGUUGUUUAUUUAAAGAAAAGGUUGAUUGUGUACAGGAAAUGUCUCCACCUCCCUUUGAAAGAUUGUUUCUUGUAGAAACGUCUUCAUUUUCUGCCUAUUUGCUUCGUAAUCGUAAAAUAUGUAAAUACUUUAACUGUGAAUACUAUAUAAAUAUAUAUAUAUACAUAUAUAUAUAUAUUUUGUUCUUGGGAUUUGCUACAUAAAUACAGCUCAAAGGUCUAUGUAACAUAUGAGGUGAGCGCUGAGCUGGUAGCAAUAAUUUCAGCUUGUGUCAAGCUUUGUUUUUUAUUUUCUGUUGUAAAUUCUAUGAAAAGCUGUUUGCGGUGUGGAGAAAAAACAAAGGUGCAGAAUUGGCAUGGGAAGAGGAUGGAGUUAUCAGCCUGUUUCUCAUGUCUAUUUAUUAUACAACAAAUGUGUGAAAAAGGAAAAAAUGGAAAAUAAAGGCAAUUUUGCAUACAACCAUAAA